UACUACGGCAUCUUCCGGCGGCAGCAGACCACCUCCAAGGCCGACUACCUGCAUGGCGGCAAGCGGAUGGGCGUCCUGCCCAUUGCCAUCUCCCAGAUCGCCAGCCACACGUCCGGCCUGACGCUGGUGGGCGUGCCCUCGGAGGUGUACCUGUACGGCAGCCUGCUGGGAUGGUCGUGGAUCUCGGCGCUGCUCACCGCCCUCUCCAUCCACUACAUCUACCUGCCCGUCUUCUUCGGACUGCAAGUCACGUCUGCCUAUGAGUAUUUGGAGCGCCGAUAUAACAAGACAUUGCGGGUAAUAGCAUCUGGGAUCUAUGCUUUCAACAUGGUACUUCAUAUACCAUUCUACAUCUACGUGCCGGCUUUAGUCUUCAACCAAGUUUCUGGUAUCAGUGUGCACGUGAUCUCACCGAUUGUAUGCGCUGUGUGUAUCUUCUACACUAUGUUGGGCGGCCUCAAGGCGGUGGUGUGGACGGACGUCCUCCAGAGCGUGGUGGCACUCGGUGCAUGCCUGGCUGUCAUGGGGCUCGGACUCUACACCGCUGGAGGGCCGCUUAACGUCUGGAGGAUCGCAGACCAGGGCGGCCGCGUCGACCUCCUCGAGAUGACGCUGAACCCGUUCGUGCGCACUUCCUUCUGGACGGUAACCCUCGGCGUGACUGCCAAUUGGAUGGCUGGACGCGCCAUCAACCAGGACAUGGUCCAGAGGUUCAUCGCUCUACCAGACUUGGCCGCCGCCAAAAGAUCCCUGAUGGGUUUCACAAUUGGUAUCAUUAUCACCAACAUUAUCAGCAUCUCGACUGGUCUCUUGGUUUACUCCUUAUACUACGACUGCGAUCCCUUAAUGAGCAAGGCGAUCCAGCGGCCGGACCAGCUGCUGCCGCACUACGUGAUGCAGGUGGCCUCCCACGUCCCCAUGCUGCCGGGCCUCUACGUGGCCGGAGUCUUUAGCGCUGCUCUCAGCUCCAUGUCAAGCACGAUGAACGCGCUGGCAGGAACCAUCUACGAGGACUUUGUGCAGCCGCGGCUGUCGGAGAAGACCACGGAGCGGACUGUGAACCUCAUCAUGAAGGCCAUCGUGCUCGUCGUGGGAAUCAUCGCCUGCGUCCUCGUCCUGCUGGUGGAGCAGCUUGGCACGGUGUUAGAGCUAGCAUACAGCACAUCUGGAAUUGCGAACGGUGCUCUGCUUGGUACAUUCACUUUGGGCAUGGUGUUUCCGUGGGCUAACUGGAAGGGCGCUGUGAUCGGGUCUGCGGCUGGGAUGCUGCUGGUGAUGGUGAUGACGGUGGGCGCGCAGCACGCCUUCACCACUGGGCUGAUGAAAUACCCGCGGCUGCCCGUCUCCGUCGAGGGGUGCUCCGCCAACGUCACGGCCGCCAUCGCCUCGGCCGCUGCCGCCACCACUCCCAGGCCAGAAGCCACGGGCUCGGUGCCAGCUCUGUUCCGCGUGUCCUACAUGUACUACACGCUGCUGGGCACGCUGGUGGUGAUGCUGGUGGGCGCCGCCGCCAGCUUCGCAACAGGUGCCACGUCGCCCACCAGCCUGGACCCGGCGCUGCUGGCGCCACAGCUACGCUGGCUCGCCGAAAAGGGGCGGCAGCGGCGGCAAAGCAGCACCCGACACUCUGCUGGCGGUGGGCUCGAGGGCAGGUGCAGGAGUGGGGACGACGGAGAGGAAGAGGGCGCCACAGAGCUGCUGGUCUGUGAGAAAGGAGCCGAGGCCCGAGGACAGCCUGACAAGUAG